CAGAGGAGUUACAGAGCUGCAAGUGCUAAAGCAGAAGACGGCAGCGACAUCGAACAUGGUCUCUGAGGAUUUGGUGGCGGCAAAGCUAGAAGAGAGCUCGCACGACGGGUUGUUGGACCAGAGCGUGGAUGAGCACCAGGAGAGUGGAGAAAGCGCAGCAGCAGACGGCGACGAGGAGAAGGAAGGAGAAGAAAAGGCUGACGAGGAUGCAGGAGAUUUGAAGGAGGAGGCGUCGAUGGCUGAGGCUGAGGUCGAAGCCAGGAUGGAUGCGAGCGAAAGUGAGGAAACGGCUGCGAAUGAAGCUGAGCAGGAAGAGCCGCUUGACGCUGGAGACGGAGACAUAGAGGAGGACAUAUCGAAGCUAAACAAAUUCAAGAAAACGGACGGGAGAUCUGCGUCGCCGGGGCAGAAGAGAGGCAGAGAUAGCGACUUCCAGGACGACGCAUCGAGCAGCCAAGCAGCUGCAGCAAGCAACGGCGCUGGAAUCGACGGCAACGAGGAGAUCGAGGACGAGCAAACCCGCAAGAGAAGAGAGUUCGAGGAGAAGUUCAACGCGCUACUCAAGAAGCCGACAAAGAGAAGGAAGAACAACGACGUCGAUUUGGAGGCGAUGCAAGAUGAGGCGAUCUCCCACUUGAAAAACAUGAUGAAAGACGCCGCGUACAUGGACAUUGACUGUGUCAACAACAAGAAGCCUGCAGCCAACAAGCUCAAGCUGCUUCCGCAGGUCAGAGACACGUUGUUGAAGUCCAACUUGUACGACUCGAUCUUGGACAACAACCUCCUCGAGGCUGUGCGGAUCUGGUUGGAGCCAUUGCCGGACGCGUCGUUGCCAUCCUUUGAGAUCCAGAAGACGUUACUGAACGAACUUGUGAAGUUACCGAUCAAAACGAUCCACUUGAGAGAGUCCGGGUUGGGGAAGGUGAUGAUUUUCUACCAAAAGUCCAAGAAGGUGGAUCCUGCGUUGAAGAGGAUUGCUGAAAAGCUGAUUGGUGACUGGACCAGACCUGUGAUGGGCCGAUCCGACAACUACAGAGCCAGGGAGGUUCCUACGGCCAACUUCGACAUCGAGAAGUUCAAAGCGAAGACGAAACUGCAAACCGGCGGUGCCGAUACCGCUCAGAGCGGCAGAAAGUCGCUAUACCAGGAAAGUGCAGACAGAAGGAAGAGAGCUGCUGCCCCUGAAGCUAGAACUUCAGUUUACACUAUUGCCCCUCAGACCAGCAUAAACGCCUUGCAUGCACAGAGAGCAAGCGGUCUAUCCACGGGAAUCGGCCAGUCUCUGAACAGAGACGAGAGAUUCAAGGCCCUCAACAAAAAGUUGACCAAACUUUCCCAGAAGAAGAAGGCUGGCAAGAAAGAUGGUGUCUCUAUUGAAGGUAGAGGUCUCAACAUAUAAAUGUUUUUUGUAAUUUAGUACAGUAAUAUUACUACGCACUUUGUAUUUGGUCCUUGCUACAUCGCAA